GCUUCGUGCACACGGCACUGACAGCUACCUGUGACAGGAAGAUGUGGUCACAGACGGAAAUGUCGCUAAAGUUCCUUCAGAAUCACUGGGGGUGAUCUACAGGAGGCAGCGGACGGACAAAUUACCAUGACAACCGGCCACAUCCACCAUCCUUGAUGGGACCCAAUGCAAUGACCAUGGAUGGGAACACUGAGGGUGCGGAUGAGUGGGACACCUGGGCUCCUGUGCAGCGAGAGCGAUCCUUCACCACCGGCUCCUUAUCCGAGGGCUCAGGGCUGAAAAGAAGGAACCAAGGUGAGCGAGCCCCGGCACAGGUAACAGAGGAGAAGGAGCCGAGCAACAAAAGGGUUAAACCUGUCACCAAGUCCUUGUCUGCAUCCUGCACCCCCCAACAGGCGAAGGUCACCCCCCUGAAGAAGCUCAGCCUGUCUAUCCAGCGCUCCAUAGGUUCUCGAAAUGAAAACCGCCUGUUCAGCUUCUCCCCGCGGACGCGAAACCGAGACGGCGGCUCUGCGAAGAAGAGAAGCAGCAAACUGUGGAGCGAGACGUUUGACAGCGCGGGGGAGGAGCUGUCCGCUCGGGAGAUCAAGAGGCAGGAGGUGAUCUUCGAGUUGAUGCAGGGGGAGCGCAUGCUUGUUGAAGACCUGCAAUUGGUAAAGAAGAAUUACUAUGAGCCCAUGUUGAAGCUGGCCAUCAUGACUCAGGAGGAACUAAAUCAGAUCUUCGGCAUCCUGGACACUCUUCCCCCAUUACACCAAGACCUCCUUGAUCGACUGGAAAAGUUACGACAUGAAGAUGGUACAGUAGACCAGAUGGGGCCCACCAUGUUGGAUUGGUUUCCUUGUCUUCACGCCUACAAGACAUAUUGCUGUAACCAAGUAGCUGCCAAAGCUUUGCUGGACCAUAAGAGACGUAACCCAGCCGUGCACAAUUUCCUUCAGCUAUGCCAAGAAUCUGCUUUUAGUCGUAAACUAGAUGUGUGGAGCUUCCUGGACUUACCCCGGAGCCGACUGGUGAAAUAUCCGCUACUGCUGAAAGAACUGCUGAAACACACGGUGCCGGAGCACCCCGACCACGCCGCCCUGAGCCAGGCUGUGUCCGUCAUCCAGGCCAUUAUCAGUAUGAUAAACCGCAAAGCCGGGGAGGCAGAGUGUGAAUAUUACAGGAAGAGACUGUGUUAUCUGUAUGAAAACCAGGGUGAAGAAGACGUCUCCCUCUCCCGGCUCCUGCUGUGUCAUGGGGAACUGAAGAACAACAAAGGCCAAAGGCUCCAUGUCUUCUUAUUUGAGACCAUCCUGGUCCUCACGCGCCUUGUGACGCACAAUGAUCAGCCACAGUUCCAAGUGUACCGCCAGCCCAUCCCGCUGCCCGAACUCGUCCUAGAAGAUCUCCCGGAUGGCGAAGUGCGGGUGGGAGGCUCCAUACGAGGGGCGUUCACUGCGGCCAAUGAACGAGCCAAAAACUUUUUCCGCGUGAGUUUCCGUGAUCGCUCCAGGGGACAGGCUCACACCUUACAAGCCAAUGACUCCUUUAACAAACAGCAGUGGGUCAGCUGCAUCCGACACGCUAUGGUGGCGAGCAGAGAACAGAGUGCCGGCCCUGCCACAUCCCAGGAAACCCCUUGUACUCUGAUCAACCUCUCAGACCUGAGCCUGAACUGCCACGAAGGCAAAAUGGGGGAAGGGUGAAGAUCUUGCGGGAAGAGGAACAAUUACAAUUUCUGACAUAUCAGUCACCGAGACGUAGAGCCCCCUGCUAAUCCUCAUCCCUCCAUGCGUCUUCUUUUCCACUUCAAAGGGGUACUUCACCCCUAGACAUCUUAUCCCCUAUCCAAAGGAUUGUGGUGGUCCCGCUGCUGGGGACCCCUGCGGCACUCCAGUCAUCCAGUGCACAGAGCGAACUCCACUCCGUGCCGGAUGAUUGACGAUGCAGCUCCGGAGGCUCGUGACAUCAUAGCCACGCCCCCUCAAUGCAAGUCUAUGGGAGGGGGAGUGACGCCCCCUCCCAUAGACUUGCAUUGAGGGGGCAUGGCUGUGACAUCACAAGGGGACGUGGUCAUGGCGUCACGAGCCUCCUGGGCUGCACGCAACGUUCUAAACAAACACCGGGUGCAGCAGGGAGAUCGUGGGGGCACCAGCAGUGGGACCCCCGCAAUCAGACAUCUUAUCCCCUAUCCUUUGGAUAGGGGAUAAGAUGUCUAGGGGCGGAGUACCCCUUUAAUGUAAAUAGUUCUUGACUGUAUGUUACCUGGAUUAGAUUUUGUCAUAAAAUUACUAAGAUUUCUUGGUGUCAAACAGAAAAACGUUAUUAAAACACAAGAAAAGCCAUUGCAGUACAACAGUGUGGCCCAAAAAUAAAAUAAUUUGAAUUUCCGUGACCAUGAUCUUGUUGAUCCAGUCAACAACCAAUGAGAGAAUGGGUGAUCAACACAUGGAAGCAAUAAGAGU